AGUCUGCUUUUCACUUACACCGCGUUCGGUCGCUCCGAUAAUUUUAAGAUAGUCAUAGAAUUUAUAUCAACAAAAAUAACAAAAACCAAUAAUAAUAGAAAGCGAAAAUAAAUAGUAAAUACGCUGGCCUAUAAAUGCAAGUGAAAAUGCAAAUGUAUACUAAUUGAAAAAGGCGCAAACAGAGCAAGCAACCGCAACAACAACCACAGGAGCAGCUGGCGACAAAAGUGAAAAGCGAUUUCAAUUGAGAAAUUUGGAUUUGGCAGGCAACAAAUUUGCUCAGAGUGCAAAAUGUCAAAUACUGAAGACAGCGAGCUGGACCCGCAAAUUCAGAUUGAACUAGAGAAUCUCAAUAGCGCUACGGAUGAGAUUAAUAAGCUCGAAAUCGAAUUGGAGGAGGCGAACUCAACGUUCCGCAUAUUGCUGAAUGAGUCGACGCGCCGCUUGAAGCUCUCCUCCAAGAAGCUAGGCAAUUGCAUUGAGAAGGCGCGUCCCUACUAUGAGGCGCUGGAGAAGUUGCGCGAGGCGCAAAUCGAAUGCCAGCAGGCGGCGGUCAAAUUCCAGCGAGCGAAUGAAAUACAUGCAGCUGCCAAGGAGACGGUGGCAUUGGCCGAGCAGCGCUUCAUGUCCAACUCUCACGAGUGGCAGUUCGACAAUGCCUGGCAGGAGAUGCUGAAUCAUGCCACACAGAAGGUGAUGGACGCGGAGAAGCAGAAGGCCGACUGCCAUGCCGAACAUCAGCGACGCACGCGGCUCUUUCACUGUGCCGAACAGAAGCUGCAGCAGCUCGAGGAUCGGUUCAGGCGCAGCAUCAACAAGUCGCGUCCGUACUUUGAGGAGAAGCAGGUGUGCCAGGAUCAACUGCAGACGCAGAAGAAUCGCAUCCAGGAGCUGCAGCAGCAAGUGAGCAAUGCCAAAGCGACCUACUCGACGGCCUUGCGCAAUUUGGAGCGCAUCAGCGAGGAUAUACACAGGCAGCGCGGCGAUUAUCCAGCGAUGAGCGGAUCUCCGCCGCCGCCCGGGCCACGUGAGCCGGGCGUGGGCGCUGAGCUGAAUACACCCACCUCCAGUACGUUGCCAUCGCUGCCCGACUUCCAGCUGGAGCUGGAGAAGUGCGACUUUCCAUCGAUAGCGGGCAGCCAAAUGUCGCUGGGCGGCGGCACAGCCGCCACGGCGUCGGCCGUGGAAACUGAGGACGAGGCCGAGGAGGACAAUGUGUGCGACUACGAUGAGAGCGGAUUGGGCAACGAGCUACGCGGCGUGGUCGAUGAGCGCCAGUUGGAGGCGUUACGUCAAAAGGUCAAAAUACUCGCAGUGCGACCCAUCGAGGGCGGCGACGGACAGCAGCAGAACGAUGUGUGGGAGCACGAACUGAAGGCCACGGUGGACAAGCUCGAUCAUCUGAUGAUGCUCAAGGAGGCAGCGAAACACCAGCAAAAUGUGCGAGCUAACUCCACAGAGCUACGCCCAGACUCACUGGGCGCCGAGGCACUGAAGCGCCACACCGAUGUGGACGACGUGGACGCCAGGGAUGUGGUCAUCAAGAUCAGCACUAGCGCCGUGCCCACAGUAUCGAUUACCCAUAGCCUGCCCGUUACGCCGCAGCACCAGCCCGGCAGCAAUGCGAGCUCGAUCAAGAAGCUGCAGCAGCAGCUGGCGCCACUGCCAUCCGUGAAUGUGUCCAUGCGGGAGCUGCCACUGCUGGCGCGACUCUCGAAUGAGCUGUUGGAUCGCAGCAGCGCUGCCAUGGGCAGUGUGCGCAGGCAACUGCGACGCCGCUCUCUCGAAUAGCAGCAGCAGCGGCAGCGACAGCGACUCUUUGAAUCAAAUUAAUAGUUUGUUUAUAUUAAAUGAAUUGUGAAAUGUCGUGAAAAUAUGGAGUGAAAAUGAAUGAAACGCAUUUAGUUCACACACUGAGAGAAUAUUUUGAGUACACAUACAUGCUUAAAUAUUUAGCAUAAAUACAUUUAGCAUAAAUAUUACAUCUAUUUUCGUAUAUAUUAAAAUAUCAUAAAUGUUUAUUAAACGUUGAGUGUCCUGCAUAAUGUAAUGAUUGUCUCUCAACUUGUUAAUGUAUAUCAAAUAAUUACUUUAUGUCCUCUUUUUAUGUGAUUGAAAAACGAAAAUUGUAUUUUGUGUGCAAAUUUCUAAAAAAUAAUGAAAGAAAAGAACAGGCACUAACAAUAAGCAGCUUUAAGUUAAUGUUUAAAACUAAUGAAAACAAAAACAAAAACAAAAAGGAGAAAAAAUUCAGAAACAACAAAAAUAAAUAACGCAACCUACUAAUUAAAGAGCAAAUGAUAAAAAUGGGCACAUGCACUAAAUAGUUUAGCCUAAAAUAACACAAAAUGGAAUGAAAAGUUAAAAUAAGAAAUGAGAGAAAUGCAAACGAAACGAAUUCAAUUAGCCGGUUAAAUAAUGUAAGGCAAGAUUCUCAAAUAGAAAAUAUUAUGAAGAAUAGUAAGCGCUAAUUGUAUGUCAAUGAUAAGGCAAACAAUUAUUUCCGCAUACUUCAGAAUACAAAUUUCAAUAUAUGAAACAAAUAAAAAUGUAAAUUUUAAAUUAA